GAUGUGUCAUUUGAUCUCGGAUGUUUUAAGCAACUUAUGAAGAACGGACCCCCCGCCUGUGUUUGUUUUAAUACCAAACCUCCCGCUGUUUUCCCUGCCAAAUUAGAGAUGCCUCGCGGCAAAGGUUUUCGCCGUACACAAGCCUUUAAAAGGAAGAUGGAAGACCCCAAACCACUGGAUGUCGAAAUCAAAGUUCAAGAAAGCACGUUUGUGGCUUGUCAAGGAACAGGAACGCGGCAUAGAAGUAGACCUUGGCCGACCUCUUCUGCCAACAAUACCUGCAAACUGGUCAUUCCACCAGAAUCAAAAGACAAGAAAUUUGUCUUUCUUAUCGGAGACUCUCAUCUAAGGGCUAUUGUGGAUGGAUUUGCUCCUAUUAAAGAAGAGAGUCUUUAUUUUGGUUUCUUGGCUGUCCCUGGAGGAGCAGCGUUGGACCUGAGAACCGAAAUCUUGAAUGCUGUGAUACCACGAAUACCUGAUUUAGUCUGUUUGUUAGCUCCAAGCAACACUUUGAAGAGAAGCACCGUUGUCAGUGAAGCUGGGAAACAGUUUAAAAAGCUCCUAACAACUGUUUGCACACUUUUUCCGAAGGUGUUUGUGUUGGAUUUCCCUCCAAGACUAAACGUGGAUCCUCAGGUUCAGUCUCUUUUACGACAAGAAUUCCACAGAGUAUCGGUGCAAUUGGGUGUCUCAUACAAAUCAGUUGCUGAGCUGUUUCCAAUGAGAAAACUGCACCUGUGGAGCAGAGAUGGGGUACACCUAAGUGACGAUGAUGGGAUGAAAAUCCUAAAUAAAGCAAUAUAUGAGGCCUCACAUGAGCAGAUUCACAAGACAACUGCAGAGACGGAGGUGAUGCCCACCAUGUCAUGCUCUCCUCCAAAGAUGCUUGAGCAGGUUCCCAAGCCAACUGCUGAAAAAGUCUCAAAGUUGCUUUGUACACCUGAGGUUCCAGUUGUGGCCCCACAAGAUCCCUUUGAAUGGAACAUUGUCGGAUCUCACAAUAAGACCUUUCCAGCUUCAAGUAAACAAGAAAGCUGUACUUCGCCAAAGAGAGUACUCCAUUUAAAGGUGGAAGAACAAAUGGACUUUUCUGUGGAGCUCAAUCCAAAGUGGUUUGAUGGUGAAAUGCUGGAAAUAUUGGGGGAUGGCAACACACCAACUUUUGGAGAUGCUUCUAUUGCGCCAUUUAAAAAAACUAAGGCUUCUCCAACUUCAAGCCAACAUCAAAGCUGUGCUUCACCAAAGAAAGCACCACAUCUACAGGUGGAGGAAGAAUUGGAGCAGUUUUCGGUGGAGCUGAAUCCAACUGCACCAUUUCAAAAAACAAAGGGCUGUGACAGACUAGUGGCUGGUGGGGAAACUGUCACCAAAAACGGUAAGAGAAGUCUUCCUGACCACACACUAAUUACAAGAGGAGACCGUGAAACAGCACAGCAAAGAUAAAUAUGCGAAUGAUCCCGAGUUUCAGGAGAACGUGAAACAGCACAGCAAAGGUAUAAAUGUAUAUAAAUAUAAACAUCAAACAGACUUUAAAGAAGCUGUCAAACAGAGAAGCAAAGACCAUUAUGCAUCCAUGAGUAAAGAAUCUAAAUUGGAGUUACAAGCCAUGAAUGUUGAAAGGUAUAGAAACAAUUCUCCCCAUCGUAAACGAAUAAAACUUUACCACAAGGAAUUGUAUAAUAUCAGUAUCGAUCAU